CUCCAUUCCCCUCUAUAACUUCCUUACACAACCUCCAAUUGCUCCGUAACAACCUUUUAGCUGUUCCAAAAUCCGACGCUGCCCCCUUGACGCAAACUCGAGUGUCUUGAAUUGACGUGUCUCUAUCUAGGGGCGGACACACAAAGGGACGAGUGGGGGCUACUGCCCAUCUCCCUCCACAAUUUUAUCCUCUUCAUUCUUUCUAAACACCGUGUCGAGGAGAGUGUGCCCGGAGGACUCCAUGGAAGAGGACUUGGGAGCUGAGCUCACCGUUUGGGUGCCUAAAGAGUUUCAGCUUAAAAUGACAAGACAUAAUAUCGUUGACUCGGAUUGGGUAUCGAUUUUCGCAAUUCCCGCUGUCGCCAAUAUUUUUUCCGGCAAAGGUAUCCCGAGUGACGCACUCGUACUUUCCCCACAUCACCUCCGAUUCCUUAGGUUUCCUCUCCGCCUUUUAUUUCAAAUCAUGUGGCGGAUAUUGGGUUUGCACCCGAUGCAGUUCUACCCAAACUCGUAUAUGCUUCUUGUCGGGUUGUUAGUCAUGGGGAAAAAGUGGGAGGUGUCACUUGGGAUCAGCGACCUCUUUUUCUGUCACCUUUUGGCACAGAUUGCCGAGACCGACUGGUUUUUCAACUUCUCUCCGCGCCCACUCAGAAAAGUCUUCGAAGAGAGGACGUGUAACUUCUCUAGUUGGAAGAGCGAAGCGCUUAUGGUCCAAUGCGAGUGGGCCGCACCGGAAAUUCCCACCGUUACUCCCAAAGCUUUCUCCAAGCGCGCUGAACGCAUCGCUUGGAUAAAACAGCACUUGCUGUGCCAAAAAUGGAGUGCUACCAACUUUGCUUCUAAGGUGGAUCUUGAGGACGUCUCGAAAUCUCGGGCCGACGCAAUGUAUUCUAGCUAUCUUCAAUCUCUAGAUCCCAAUCUAUCGGGGGAAGAACUACUUCUACAGGUUAUUGAGUUGGAACGCAAAUUCUUUAUUAGUGAACGCACUCUGUCUUUGUUUGCAGCAAGCCUCAAUACCGAACAAGAGUUGGGGAAAAAAGAAAGUGUCAGGAUGGACGUCAGGCGUGUUAAGUUGCCCGCACCACAAGGAAGGAAAUCCUCCAAGAAGCUGAAACUGACUGAGGGCAAUACCGGAAGUGCCCGCGGCGGGUUUGAGAAUGUUCGCGGUGAGGUUGACUCUAGUCGCGGCAAUAAGGAAGGUUCGGGAACACUCACCCUGCUUCAAACCAAUCUCCCGAAUUCACCUCGUAAGUCAGCUAGUGACCAGUCCGCAAUUUCCCCCUCCGACACUCACCUUGUGGCUUACCCAAAUGUUUCGUCGUCAAACUUAAAGCUCCUCUUACAACUUACCUUCCCAAAGGGUGAUGACUCUUACGUGCUAGAGGGUGACCUUAUUGCUUUCGACAAAGAGGCAUGUUUGGUGGUGGCGCAAUCGUUGGCCUUGAAUGACGUCGACCGCGAGAAGCUCUCCAGUUUGAGUAUGAAAGAUUUUUCAGCGCAAAUUGCUCUAGGAUUGCAGUUGUCUUCAUCGAUGAUACAAUAUCUCAUAAUGAGAAUGGAAGCCUCCGAACUUUAGCUAUGGAAACUCAUAAAAGAAGCCCGACAUGAAGCUGAAGCCAAUGCGAUAAAAUUAGAGGAAACACGUGUAGCAUGUAAGGUGGUCGAUGCAAACGAGAGAGAAGUCAGUGAGCUUAAGACCAAGUUGGGAAAUGAAAUUGCCAAUAGGCAAGGGAAUUCAAGCUGAACCAUAACAAGAUCAACAAGAGCUCCUGCAAGUAUUAUCGCCUGGGAUGGUUCAGGGCCAGCAAAUCGAGAAGGACAGAUUUUUUGAUGAGCCGGACACUUUUGACGCUUGAAUGGGAGUGCAUUCUUCAGAGUAUGAUUGGAUCCCAGGAAUGAAUUCGGCGGAUAGGCCAUCCGAAGAUGACGCCGAUGAGGAUACCUUCUGACUUCUCAUCUAGUAUAAUUAUCUUAGUAAUAUUCAGCCUUCCCUUUCUUUUUUUUGUUUUCCUGCUUUUUGCAAUCCAUGAGCACCUUGUUUGCUCUU